AUGCAGGGCGAGAGGAUCGAUGCUGUCAAGAACGCUGAGGUCCCUAGCGACAAGCGCGGCCUGCAGAGUUUCCUUGGACUAGUUGGUCACUUGAGGCCUUUCAUCCCGAGAUUUGCCGACUACACGGCGCCUUUGUUUGACCUGCUGAAGAAGGGGACUGUGUUUGCUUGGGGGCCUGGACAAGCUGACGCCUUCAAGGCGCCGAAGGAGGCAGGAGUCGAGGCGGCACGGAUGCGUCGGAGUCAAGGGGGACGUGAGGUGCCUCUGGAGUUUGUGUCCAAGAAGUUUACCGCUGCCGAAUACAGGUGGACGGACUACGUCACUCUUGCUCAUUUCACUGUGAAGACCGAUCAUGCUAAUCUCCGCUACCUGACAGGUGUGGACAAAGGGAAGGUGUUUCAGUGGACCUCGGCGCUCAGCCGGUUCGACUUCACCCUCGAGUUCGUGUCCGGAGAGAGAAACUGCAUGGCGGACUGCUUGUCGCGCUACGCCGCAGGAGCGCGGACGAUGACGCGCUUGUGGAACAGAUGGCCCUUGGGGGCACGGUGCGCAUAUGGGGGCACUAGCUCACGCGAACCGGCCGACGGAGGAAUGCGUACCAGAGUUAUCUCGUUGUUUCACUCUGGGUCGAGCGGUCACAUGGGCGGGUUCAAUACCAGCAAACGAGUGAUGAGCCUAUACUACUGGCCGGGCUUGGCUGCGGACGUAGCGCAGACGGUUAAGGACUGCCUCGUGUCUGCACGCGAACGCCGUCGAGCUCCGAUUACCCAUCCCGUGCCGGGAGGCAACCUUGAUGCUGCUGUUGCUUUGGAUUUAGUGUCGCUGGACCACGUUGGACCUCUCAAUCUCGGCCGUCAGAACUGGUGGAUACUGGUGGCUGUGGAUCACGCCACGCGGUAUCUGGGGGCGUGGAUCACAAGCCUAGUGGCAGCACGGCAGAUGGUCAAGAUAUUCUACCGAGGCUGGGUGGUGCCUUUCGGAAUUCCACGCAUCGUACUUAGACAACGGGACGAGUUUCAAAGGAGUAUUUCGCGGUGUAGUGACCAAAUGGUUAGGGUCGCAGCACCUGACAACAGCUACAUACAGACCGCAGGGGAACGGCAUAAACGAAGCUUCUCACCAGGAGCUCCGAUCCGGGCUCUGCGCGCUAUGGCAGGAGAGGCAAAGGAAUCUAUUACACAUGGUAGCUGCGGUUGUCAGGGCUCAUAA